UCCUCUGCUAAAAUUUCUACAAACACACUCAUCAAAUUUUAAUCAAAUCCCCCCAUGAAUCCCCUUAUCCUUUUCAACUCUCUAAAUCCUUAAAACUCAUUAAUCAUCAAAACAAAACGUAACCUGUUUCCCAUUCGGAUUCAACCCCAGCCACCCAUGUACUUAUCGGAGAAACCCCGUUCGAUAGAUUUGUACAAAGAGGAAGAUCCUGCUACUGCCCGUGACAUGAUCUUUGAGGUCACCACAAUUGGAGACUUGCCACCUCACCACCACCACCACCACCAGCAGCUAAUGAUGUUAGGUGAAAGCAGCGGCGAUGACCCAGAAAUCAAAGCCCCCAAGAAACGAGCUGAGACCUGGGUACAAGACGAAACUCGAUGCCUUAUCGCCCUCCGACGAGAAAUGGACGGCCUUUUCAAUACCUCAAAAUCCAUUAAGCACUUGUGGGAGCAGAUUUCGGCUAAGAUGAGAGAGAAAGGGUUCGAUCGAUCCCCCACUAUGUGUACGGACAAGUGGAGGAACUUGUUGAAGGAGUUUAAAAGGGCCAGGCAUCGAGAUAGAGGGAGUGGGUCGGCUAAGAUGUCUUAUUAUAAGGAAAUUGAGGAAAUUUUAAGGGACAGAACCAAGAAUGCUUAUAAGAGUCCAACUUCUCUUCCUAAAGUUGAUUCCUUUAUGCAUUUCGCUGACAAGGGUUUUGAGGAUGCUGGCAUAUCAUUUGGUCAUGUAGAAGCUAGUGGUAGGCCAACGCUUAAUCUCGAAAGACGUUUAGAUCAUGAUGGGCAUCCUCUUGCUAUCGCUGCAGCUGAUGCAGUUGCAGCCAGUGGAGUUCCUCCUUGGAAUUGGAGAGAGACCCCUGGAAAUGGUGGGGACUGUCAAGCGUAUGGAGGAAGAGUUAUAACUAUCAAGUUUGGGGACUACACCCGAAAGGUUGGUAUAGAUGGUACUGCUGAUGCCAUACGAGAGGCAAUUAAAUCUGCUUUCAGAUUGAGAACUAAGCGUGCAUUUUGGUUGGAGGAUGAAGACAAUAUCGUUCGUAGCCUUGACAGGGAAAUGCCUUUAGGGAAUUAUACUCUCCACCUCGAUGAAGGUUUGGCUAUAAAAGUUUGCCACUAUGACGAGUCGGAUCAUAUACCGGUCCACACGGAAGACAAGAUCUUUUAUGUAGAAGAUGAUUACCGUGAAUAUCUAGCUCGUCGAGGCUACACAGGUCUGAGGGAGAUUGAUGGAUACAGAAACAUUGAUAAUAUGGACGACCUUCGAACUAAUGCUUUAUAUCGAAGUGUGAGCUGAAAACAGGCACAUCUUGCUUGCGCAACAAAACUGGAAAUCUAAGAUUCGCACUAAUUCUUUCUGAAGAUUGUGAUUAUGUUUUCUCGCAGCCGUUAAUAGCAUGCUGUAUAAUGUUUCUUCUUAGGUAUUUCACUCCAGAACAGUUUGUAAAUGUGCAUAUCAGUUGAAAACACAAGUAUUUCUAAUAUCUUUUUAACUUGGCGUCAACUUUACAGCAUUUUGAUUGCUGUCA